AUGGAUCACAUCUGGUUCAGGACGUAUAACAGAGUGCUCAAACGCGACGCGGAGGCGGCGUGGGGACGGACGAUGCGCGAACGAUGGCGUAGGACGUUCCUGGACGGAGAGGCGUACGCGGUGGUGUAUUGGCAUAAAUUUUCCGUCGUGAAGACGUUCUGGGAUAUCGGGGGAUGGCCGUUCGGUGGGGUUUUGGUGAUCGGCGCGGCGUGCGCGUGGACGGUGGCGAGCGCGCUGACGUCACUGGGCAUCGUCGGGUUCGUCGUGGUGGGGAAGAUGUUGGGCGUGGGAGAUCAAGCGAUUAGUGUCAUCGAGUUUGUCGCUGGUGGGUGGGAGAGGUGGACGGGGACGGAGGCGAAGCACAUGGUGACCGCGCUCACUGCGCUCGUGACGUACAGGACUUCGUAUUACACGCUGCCGGUGAUUUUAUUCACGUACGAAGAGUUGUACCAAUUCGCGAUGCGAUUUCGCACCCUCGUGCGGUGGCUUCGGUAG